AUGGACCCAGCCACAGCCCGCAGACGUCUAGGUGUGAUGGGAGCUGUUCCCUGGCUCCCUCUAGUCCUCCUCUGCGGCUGCAGCCACUUCCAGAGCUCAGAUGCGGCUUCCAGCCUGCGCCCAGAGAUCAUCACCCCCCGGAAGCCCGUGAAAAGUCCCACCCUAGGGAAACGCUUCAGUGUCAGCUGCCAGGCUCAGAGCCCCUUCCCGAGGAUGACCCUCAUCUACUGGCUGGCAAACGGUUCCUUCGUGGAGGACCAGUACCCGGACGGGGCAGUGAGCAAAGGGGACGUCGUAAGGGAGCCCAGGGGCACCAAGGUCCUCCUGACCCGGGAGCUGCACUUCCGCUCCUUCUCCUGGAGGGACUGGAGCACCUCGUUCCUGUGCAUGGUGAGGAACCCGGCCGGGCUCGAAAAGGUGCUUGUCCGCUGGGACCCUGAACGGCCAGCACAGAUCUCCGAGCCGCAGCAGGAGACAAGGCAGGAUGUCCAGACCCCAGAGAGCACCCCCACCGUGGACCGCACCGAGAGCACGGACUGA